UCAGCACAGAGCGAAUUCCAGGACCCACAGCUGCUUCUUCCAGGCCCAGAAAUGGCUUCCACUUUUAACCCCCGAGAAUGCAAGCUAUCCAAACAAGAAGGACAGAGCUAUGGCUUCUUUCUGCGAAUUGAAAAGGACAUCGAUGGCCACCUGGUCCGGCUGGUGGAGAAGGACAGCCCUGCGGAGAAAGCGGGUCUCCAGGACGGAGACAGGGUGCUUAGGAUCAAUGGUGUCUUUGUGGACAAGGAAGAGCACAUGCAGGUUGUGGAUCUGGUUCGCAAGAGCGGGAACUCAGUGACUUUUUUGGUUCUGGAUGGUGGGUCCUAUGAGAAAGCCAUGAAGGCACAGGUAGACUUGAAGGAGCUGGGCCACAGUCAGAAGGAAUCCAGUGUGGAUGGUGAGAAGCCAUCUCUGAUGAUGAAUGGAGUGCUGCAGACAUGUGCCCAGCCUCGUCUAUGCUACCUGGUAAAAGCGGGGAACAGUUAUGGCUUCUCCCUCAAAACUGUCCAAGGCAAAAAGGGAGUGUACAUGACGGACAUAAUACCUCAAGGGGUGGCCAUGAAGGCUGGUGUCCUGACUGAUGAUCAUGUGAUCGAAGUGAAUGGGGAAAAUGUGGAAGCCAGCAGCCAUGAGGAAGUGGUUGAAAAGGUGAAGAAGGCAGGAAGCCGAGUCAUGUUCCUGCUGGUGGACAAGGAAACGGACCGAUACCACAGUGAGCAGAAGAUCCAGUUCAAGAGAGAAACAACCAAUUUGAAGCUGCUACCCCGGCAGCCCCGACUUGUGGAGAUGAAGAAGGGAGCCAAUGGCUAUGGCUUCUACUUGAGGGCAGGCCCAGACCAGAAGGGUGAAAUCAUCAAAGACAUUGAUGCUGGAAGUCCUGCUGAGGAGGCUGGCUUGAAGAGCAACGAUCUGCUAGUGGCUGUCAACGGGGAGUCUGUAGAAUCCCUUGACCAUGACUGUGUGGUGGAGAUGAUUAGAAAGGGCGGAGACCAGACAUCACUGCUGGUGGUGGACAAAGAGACGGAGAACUUGUAUCGAAUGGCAAAAUUUUCUCCAUUUUUCUACUAUCAAAAUCAAGAAUUAUCAAACGGGUCUGCCAAAAGGGCACCAGCUCCUGCUCCUGCUCCUGCUCCUCUGGUGGUCUCGAGUCCAGAUACUACAGAGGAAGUAGAAGAUUACAAGCCUAAACUCUGCAGGCUGACUAAAGGGGAGAAUGGCUAUGGCUUCCACUUGAAUGCGAUCCGGGGGAAGCCAGGCUCCUUUGUCAAAGAGGUCCAAAAAGGCAGCCCUGCUGAGCAAGCUGGGCUGGAGGAUGAGGACGUCAUCGUUGAAGUGAACGGAGCCAAUGUGCAGGAGGAGCUUUAUGAGAAGGUGGUGGAGAGAAUCCAGAGCAGUGGGAAGAGUGUCACGCUAUUAGUCUGUGGCAAGAAGGCCUACAAUUACUUCCAGGCUAAGAAAAUCCCUGUGGUUUCCUCCAUGGCCGAACCGCUAGAUGACCUUCCGGAUACAAAUGAAGAAACUCAGGAAAAAUCAGAGUGUGAUUCACACACAGCAAGAGAACGGGCCCACAGUACAGCCUCCAAUGCAUCCUCGAAUUCUGAAGACACAGCAAUGUAAUGGGCACAGAGCAAGGCUCUGG